AUGUUCAAUGAAUAUGAUGAUUAAUUGUAAUAAAAUAUUGAUUAAUUUCAUUACCUAUUAGUAGAUACAGAUUGUAAAGAGAGUGAAAAACAAUAAUAUUUAAAUUAGUGCAAAUAAUAAGCAGAAAAAAUAAAAAAACUAAUUUAAUAAAGAAUAAAGUUAGGAAAUGAAAAUUAGACAAUGAGAUACAUGAAAUAAUUUUCUCAAUUAAAUAAGAAACUAUAGGAAAUGGAAUAUAAUUAUUAAGAUGAAAAUAUUAGUUUAAUUGUAGAUAAUAAUCAAGAUCGUCAAUUAGAAGUUCAAUUAUUUGAAGAAAAUGUGAAUAAUAGAAAAUAGCGCUUAUAAAGUAUCCAUAAGAAUAUGAGUAAAGUUAAAAGCAUUUAUGAUAAAAUAUCUUAAUUAGCCUAUUAAUAAGUUGAUUCAAUAUUUUAAGUUGAAUAAGAUUUUACAUAUGCUGAAGAGAAAACAUAAAAAGCAUCUCAAGAGUUAACUAGAACUUAACAAUCUCAAAAAUCAAAUGUUGGUUACAGAUUAGUGAUAAUCUGUAUCUUAGUUUUUAUAGUUAUAAUUUUAUUCAUAAAAUGA